AUGGCUUCGUCUCAAGGGAAGAACGAGCUGAAAUUUGCAGACUGGAUGGCAACUUUGCCAGAAAGCAUCCACAGCAUCCCCCUCACCAAUUUAGCGAUCCCAGGAUCUCAUGAUUCCUUCAGUUUCUACAUUGAUGAAGCCUCUCCAGUAGGACCUGAGCAACCAGAAACUGUCCAGAAUUUUGUCUCUGUUUUUGGAACUGUGGCCAAAAAGCUGAUGAGGAAAUGGUUAGCAACUCAGACCAUGAAUUUUACUGGUCAGCUGGGAGCUGGAAUACGGUACUUUGAUCUCCGGAUUUCCACCAAACCCAGGGACCCUGACAAUGAACUCUACUUUGCUCAUGGUCUGUUCAGUGCCAAAGUCAAUGAAGGCCUCGAAGAGAUUAAUGCGUUCCUCACAGAUCACCACAGGGAGGUGGUGUUCUUGGACUUUAACCACUUCUAUGGAAUGCAGAAAUACCAUCACGAAAAACUCGUCCAAAUGCUGAAAGACAUCUUUGGGAAUAAAAUGUGCCCAGCGAUCUUUGCCCAUGAAGUGAGUCUGAAGUACCUGUGGGAAAAAGAUUACCAAGUCUUGGUCUUUUAUCACAGCCCAGUUGCUCUAGAGGUGCCAUUUCUCUGGCCUGGGCAAAUGAUGCCAGCUCCUUGGGCCAACACAACAGACCCUGAAAAACUGAUCCAGUUUCUCCAGGCGUCUAUUACUGAGAGAAGGAAGAAGGGCUCUUUUUUUAUAUCUCAGGUGGUCCUGACCCCCAAAGCUAGUACUGUGGUCAAGGGGGUGGCCAGUGGUCUCAGAGAAACAAUCACAGAAAGAGCUCUCCCAGCCAUGAUGCAGUGGGUCCGGACUCAGAAACCUGGAGAGAGUGGUAUCAACAUUGUCACUGCCGAUUUUGUAGAACUUGGGGAUUUUAUCAGCACAGUCAUCAAACUCAACUAUGCGCUUGAGGAAGGAGAAGCAGAUACCACUUGA